AUGGAAUGUGCGUACUCUACAAACUGGAAUGAAAACCUACCAGACAUAGAAGAUGUCAGAAAAUCUGCACUAAUAAACGAUGAAUUGUCCAGGCUCAAAGUAGACAUUGCCGCCCUUCAGGAAACUUGUUUAGCUGACUCUGGUUCAAUCAAAGAAAAAGACUACUCCUUCUUCUGGCAAGGCAAAGCCGAAAGUGAAGUAAGGGAACAUGGCGUUGGUUUUGCAGUUAAGAACACACUGCUGAACACAGUAGAGCUGAAGUGCAAUGGUUCAGAAAGACUCCAAUCACUACGCCUUAAAACAUCUAUUGGACAAGUGACUUUGAUAAGUGCCUACGCUCCUACUCUGAGUUCCACACCAGAGGCCAAAGAUAUGUUUUAUGACAACCUUUCGUCUGCUCUUAGCGAGAUCCCAACUACGGAACAGGUUAUCAUCCUCGGCGACAUCAAUGCACGCGUUGGAUCUGACAACUCUGCAUGGGACAGCUGUAUUGGGUGUUUUAGUGUCGGAAAUGUAAAUGAAAAUGGACAAAGGCUCCUCGAGGUUUGCUCACUACACUCCCUCUGUGUCACUAAUACCUAUUUCAAGACCAAACCACAGCACAGAGUAUCUUGGCGGCAUCCUCGCUCCAAACACUGGCACCAACUAGACCUAAUCUUGGUAAGACAAAAGUGUUUAAAAUUUGUCAAGCUUACCAGGUCCUUUCACAGUGCAGACUGUGACACAGAUCACUCCUUGGAAUGUUGUAAGAUCAACCUUCUCCCUAAAAAAAUCCACCAUACCAAGCAGAUUGGAAGACCCCAAUCGGAUAUAAGCAAGAUGUGCCACCCUGAUCUCCAUAUACAGUUUGCGGAAUCUUUUGAACGCGAGUAUAAAAAUAUCUCUGGAAAUACAGAAAAAAGAAAAAUGGGAACACCUCAAGUCCACCAUAUAAAAGACUUCCCUGGAAAUCUUUGGAAGAAAAAUUACAAAACAAAAUGA